UGAUAUGCUGGUCACAGGAAUAUCUUAAAACCCACCAACAUUCGCGAAGCAGAGUGAGAGAUGGAUUUCUGGUGCAGAGUUUGCUGUUGCUGCUGCUAUAAUGAAGAAGAACUGGAGAAGAAUCCACUGGUUGUUGGCGAUACACUUCAGUACAUCACCAACUUGCAGAAACGGCGGCAAGCAGAAGCAGCAAACCUGUGGAAUGAACCUGUGGACAAAACCCACAUGGAGAGGGAUGAUGAUCAUGAGCUAUAUAUGCUGCUGCAGAAGAGGUCAAAAAUGCGCCGUGGAUCAGAGGGCUACCGACGUUUGAGCUUUGACAUCAUUGCCCAUCGACAGAUCCGUCAGAAAGUGAAAGACAGAUGGAAGCAGGUUCUGGACGUCUUAGGAUUCAAAGAUGAAGCAGAUGGUCUUCUCACUGUCACCUCCAGCACCUCAUAUGAAUCCCUUCGCAAGCCUCAGGAGGCCCGCAAGCUCCAUACCGCCUUGGCUGAACAGACAACCAUUUUUGGUCGUCACCGUGGUGGCCCACCAGAGAGAUAUCUUUUUGUCCUUGAUAGGCUCCUUCUCCUGGAUAUAGGAGAUGACUUUCUUUCGGCAGCUCGUCACUUUUACCCAGUGGAGGAGGAAGAAGAGGACAACACAUCUUCUAGCGAUGGAGGUCCUCCAACCCCUGGUCCUGUCUUAGUCAAAUUGGGCAGUGAAACUCAGGAACAGGCUGGAGUGGAAGAGGAAGAAGAAGGAGAUGAGGAGGAGGAAGAGGAGGAGGAAGAAGAAGACCCUGAUGUAGAAUAAGGCAAAGAGGAAGAAGCUGAGGAAGACACAAUGGAGUGUACCCAGCUCAACCUCUGGAUGGAAAAGCAAAUGCAAUGUUGAUGAGUUCAGAACUACAAUAGAUUAAUGGUUGACUCUAUCACAUUGCUAUAGUGAAUUACAGACUUGUUCGAAAUCUUUCUUGACACCAAUCACUCGCCCCUUCUUUUUUCCAGUGAACCCAUUUACUUUUUGCUAA